GUCAAACGCAACGCGGAGUCAGUGUGACGAAGUGCGUCGUGCGCAGCGGCAGCGUUUGUUUUCCCCUGAAAAUUAUAUAGAAAAUCGAAAAAUUUAAGAAGUAUCUGUGUGCGUGAGUGCGUGCGAGUGCGGUGAGCGUUACAGAUACAGAUACAAAGGCGAGUGUGCAACUGUAUCUACAUGUGUGGCGGCUGGAAAACCAUGCACUUGAAGUGAAGUUUAAAUAAAAACGAGGAAAUUGUUAGAGCUACAAUCCAACCAGGAAGAAACGAAAUACAAGAAAAUAUGGAAAACUUGCAGGACGAACUUGUAGGCUUGGAGAGAAGGAGCUCAACGUCAUCGGUGCCAGGGAAUCCUGCGAGUCCUGCAGAGGAAUGCGGCUGUGUGCGCCUGGGCAAAUGCAAAUGGUUCAACGUGGCCAAGGGCUGGGGCUUCCUUACGCCCAACGACGGCGGCCAGGAGGUGUUUGUGCAUCAGAGUGUCAUCCAAAUGGCGGGCUUCCGUUCAUUAGGAGAGCAGGAGGAAGUGGAAUUCGAGUGUCAGCGUACGGCCCGCGGACUGGAGGCCACCAGGGUGUCCGGCAAGCAGGGCGAGAGCUGCCACGGCAGCACCUACAGGCCACGAAUCAACCGAAGGACUCGUCGCAUGCGCUGCUACAAUUGCGGGGAGUUCGCCAAUCACAUUGCCUCCGAAUGCGCCUUGGGUCCGCAGCCAAAGCGCUGCCAUCGAUGCCGUGGCGAGGACCAUCUCCACGCCGACUGUCCGCACCGGAAUGUGGCGCAAACUCCCAGCAAUAGCGAGAACACCAGCAGCACCGGAAGUCAGGGAAAAAGCGAGGCCACCGCCUAGGAAAGUGGCUAAAGGAGGAUGAGGAGGAGGAAGGAUCCUUGGUUGGUAGUUGGAAGUUACAAACUUCUUUGACAAGUACAAAAACGACAGAGACACACGCAUCAAAUCAAAGAAACCCACGUACAACAAAACUAGCUACUACGUUUAAGUGCAUUAGAUAUUAAAAGGGGGUUGGAUGAAGGAUGAAGGUUGCCAGAAGAAGGAGGACUACGCCCCAACACUGCCACCCCAAAUUAAGUUAAGCUAAGCUCAGGCAUAUCCUCUUGGUCUUAAGCUACCCACUAAGGCUUUUUAACUGGAGUACAAGUACAAGUAAAGGCAUUUAGCUAGAAAGUA